UCCAGCGACGAGAGACCGAGAAGCCGUGGAGAAAGCGCACCGUGCCUUAUAUACCCACUAUAUUUGGGAGCUCUGAACGCGGUUUCCUCCGCUCGCACAAUUGGUCCAGGAGAGGUAUUUAUUAGGUAGGAGGCGCUCCUGCCGGACACACUUCGUUCAUGACUCUGGAAGCUCGCUCGGGGAAAAAGCGCAGCGCAGUUUGACAUCUGUUCGGUAGCAAGUGCGACAAGGCAGAAGAGAGUUACAGCGCAGCACGCAUCUUGGAAAUGGCUUUACCUUGCCUUUUGCCUUCGAUUUCAACGUUUGCAAACCAGAAGGAGAAACUUUGGGAGGAUAGGUGGAAAUGCGAGGAGGACAAACCGCUGGGCUGCCCUCCGCUCAACGUGGCACAGCACAUGGACACUUGUCGCAGCCGCAAGGACGACGAGGACCUCAGUAAUUAUCUGGACCUGGAGUUUAUCCUGGCCAACACGACGGGACCUCUGGAGGCGGGAGCUGAGUUCGUCCCGCACGCGGAGCCCUGCGGCAUGUACUCGACGGGAGCGUACGUUCCUCCGGAGCAGUGCAGCGCUCCUCCGCCGUACUCCAACAGCCUGAUGGCCGAGCUCCUGAGGUCCGACGUGGACGGCACCUACGACGGCGCCGUUCAGGGCCGCUUCGUCAUCAACUCCUUCCCCAGACAGGACUUUGUCGAUAUCAAAGUCGAGCCUCCCAUGGACGGUUACGGGCCGGUGAUGGGCAUGGUGCCGCAGAGCUGCCAAAAAAUCAAGCAAGAGGGCAACGUUUCGUGCAUGAUGUCUUUCGAGCAGCCCAGGCUGGCCGUUUCUCCGCAGGCCACGGGGAACAUGACGCCUCCGCUGAGUCCGGACGACUCCCACCUGCGCCAGACCGCGUUUCCCCAGGCUUUCCAUCACUCGCCUCCGGCCUACGCUCAAAUGCAGCUCCCUUACACGGCGGCGCACCAGUUCGGCUUGUUCGAGGACGCCAUGGGCAUGCAGCCCAGCAUGCAGAGGGCUCUCCUGACUCCUCCGUCCUCCCCGCUGGAUCUAAUGGAGUCCAAACCUAAGCGGGGGCGGCGCACCUGGCCGAGGAAGCGCACGGCGACGCACACCUGCACCUUCGCCGGCUGCGGCAAGACCUACACCAAGAGCUCGCAUCUGAAGGCGCAUCACCGAACCCACACCGGUGAGAAACCGUACCACUGCAACUGGGAGGGAUGCGGAUGGAAAUUCGCCCGCUCUGAUGAGCUGACGCGUCAUUUCCGCAAGCACACCGGUCACCGGCCGUUCCAGUGCCAUCUCUGCGAACGGGCCUUCUCCCGCUCGGACCACCUGGCUCUGCACAUGAAGAGACACCUGUGAGGACUGGAUCCGCAACCACAUAACUGCCUUAUUUAAUGACUUAAAGCGUAUUGUUGAUUAAGAAGUAUAUCAUCACACACUCUUAAAAAUAGAGGUUCCAAAAGAACCGCUUCUGGUUCCCAAAGAACCUUUCAGUGUACUGAAAGAAGAGCAUUCACUGUUAAGCUUCCAAAAGAACCAUUUUUGGAACCUUUCAGCAAUCGGUUCUUUAAGAAUCUUUUUUUAAGUUUAAAGAACAUUAUGCCCAAUGGAUGUUAAAGGUUAUUAUGGAGCAAUCGAUCACGUUUUUGGUUCCCAAAGAACCUUUAAGUGUCCUAAAAUAUAAUCUAUAGAAGUUACAAAAAAAUCUGAGGUUCCAAAAGAACCAUUUUUUGGAACCUUUCGGCGAUCGGUUCUUUAAGGAUCUUUUUUAAAUUUAAAGAACAUUAUGCCCAAUGGAUGUUAAAGGUCAUUAUGGAGCCAUCGAUUCCGUUUUUGGUUCCCAAAGGACCUUUCAGUGUCCUAAAAUAUAAUCUAUAGAAGUUACAAAAAAACUAUAGAGGUUCCAAAAGAACCAUUUUCGGAACCUUUCAGCGAUCAGUUCUUUAAAUAACUUUUUCAUCAUCUAAAGAAGCUUAAUAAUUACAGAGCCAUCGAUGCCAAUAAAGACCCUUUAAAUAUAAAUAAAAUAAAUUAGCAAAGGUUCCAAAAAGAGCCAUGCUAGUUCCCAAGAAGUCAUUUAAAGACCUUGGAAAGGAUCCAUCGAUGUUGAAGGUUCUUUAAGCCAAUAAGUUGUGAUUUUAUUUUUUUUUAUAUAUAUAUAAUCUGGAGAACUUUCCAAUAAAGAAGGUUCCAAAAGAACAAUUUUUAGUUGCCAAAGAACCAUUCGGUGAAAGAACUAUUCGUUUAAAAGUGGAAGGUUUAUGGAAACCGCCGACGAACCUUUAUUUUUAAGAGUGUACUUUUGUAACGAGUAGCUGGUACUACAUAGAUUGAGCUCUUUUUAAAGCCUUUAAUGCGUCCUGAAGGGCUGGUCCUACGAAUCCGAGACAGCCUGUACGUUUAACGGUGCCUUCCUGAAGCCACGAAGAGUGCAAAGCCUGACGACUAGCAAACCUCCAGUUUUCCAUGUAACGACGACGACAAUGUUUUGCUCUUGAAACUGCCUUGCUCCUAUGCAACAAAACCGAGCUGCGUGUUCAAAUGUGUUUGCAUUUCUUUUCAGACGUCUCGUAUCUCGAUGCGCACCGUAUGCACUAGGGCUUGAGGUCCUGGGUUUUUAUAAGAUUGUGUACAUACAUUUUAUAUUGUAAGUACUGUAUUUAUUGUAAAUAUUAAACUAAAUUUGAAUAUA